UGGGCUCGAUUGCUACUGUCUUUGUGCAUCGCAAUUCAAAAAUGGCGACCACGAACCCCUCACAGCUGCUCCCGCUCGAGCUGGUGGACAAGUGCAUCGGCUCCAGGAUUCACAUCGUCAUGAAAACGGACAAAGAGAUAGUCGGGACUCUGCUGGGCUUUGAUGAUUUUGUCAACAUGGUCCUGGAGGAUGUGACAGAAUUUGAAAUCACACCAGAGGGACGAAGGAUUACCAAACUAGACCAGAUUCUACUCAAUGGAAACAACAUCACAAUGCUCAUUCCUGGAGGUGAAGGGCCUGAAGUUUGACUGCUGCACUCAUUAUUCACGUGUUUUUUAGUUGUUCAUGUGAAUCAUACUUUUUUGUUUCUUGUUGAUGAAAAUAU